GCGCACACACACACACAGACACAACGCAACACAGAGAGAAAGCGACAGUGUAUCACUGCGGGGGGAAGAGUGAAAGCAAUUGGGCUGUCUCAGGAUUUCCUAUUGCUCUGCUCAUCCCCUCCUCACCCCUUUUCACAUCUCUUUAUGGUGAGGCGGAUAGAUUAGAGGAGAGGGAUAUACACACACACAAUGGCAGAGGAAGAGGCCCGUCAGGAGACGAACCUCGGGGCCUAUUCGCCGGUAGAUUACAUGAGCAUCACUAGCUUCCCCCGGCUGCCUGAAGACGACGCCGGCUCCACUGACAAUGUCCUGCGCUACCGCAAAGAGGAUGACUCGUCUCUCUGCGAUCCGGACACGACAGAUCCUGACUUGUUCCUGAAAUCGGCUCGCCUUCAACGCCUGCCCUCCUCCUCCUCUGAGAUGGGCAGUCAGGAGAUGUCUCCAUUGCGCGUGACCAACAAGGAUCCAUUUUCUGGUGACUGCACCUGUCGGCAGGAUGGUUUGACUGUUAUUAUCACUGCCUGCUUAACAUUUGCAACUGGAGUCACUGUAGCCUUGAUUAUACAGAUCUACUUUGGAGACCCACAGAUCUUUCAUCAAGGUGCAGUGGUUACAGAUGUCGCCCAUUGCUCCACAGUUGGUACCGAAAUACUGAAUCGUGAUGGCUCUUCGGUGGAUGCAGCUAUUGUGUCCGCAUUAUGUUUAGGAAUAGUCCAUCCCCACAGCUCUGGAAUUGGAGGGGGUGGUGUAAUGUUAGUUCAUGAUAUCAGGAAGAAUGAAAGCUUCAUUGUUGACUUUCGAGAGACGGCUCCAGCGGAGAUUGAGGAGCAAAUGUUCGCACAUAGCUGGGAGGACAAGCCUGGUCUUUUGGUAGCUGUCCCAGGUAUGUUACAAGGAUUGCAUCAGGCCCACCAACUCUAUGGCAGAAUCUCCUGGCCUGAGUUAAUGGCUGCAGCAGCGAAAGUUGCACAAGAAGGUUUUAAUGUUACUCAAGAACUUGCUAAAGCAAUCGAUCAAGUUAAGGACAAAAAUAUGUCAGAUACAUUCCGUGAAACCUUUCUGCCACAGGGGCAAUCAUUACAUCCAGGAGCUUUCAUGAAACGUUUGGAUCUGGCAGCCAUUUUCAGUGCCGUUGGCUUAGAGGGUGUUUCAUCAUUUUACAAUGGAAAUAUCACAGAAGAGAUGUCUUCUGAGGCUCGGAGCAAAGGCGGAGUACUCUCUGUAGAGGAUUUUGCUAAUUACAGCGUGAUUGUUGAGAAGCCUGUUGAAGGAUCAUACCAAGGUCAUUUUGUGCUCACUGCCCCACCCCCACACGCGGGACCUGCACUUGUUGCUGCCCUCAACAUUUUGGAGGGAUUUAACAUAACAGCCCAGGCAACCAGGAAUUUAACCUAUCACUUACUCGCUGAGUCACUGAAAAUUGCUUUAGCCUUGGCGAGCAGCCUUGGCGAUCCCUUCUUUAAUUCCACUAUUACUCAGGUGACAGAGCAGAUGCUCAGCAAAUUGGAAGCCAAAUCCUUGCGCCAGCAGAUUAACGAAGGUGUGGGCUUCCCUCCUGCCCACUAUCUGCCCUACUACUCCCUGGAGACUGGUCCUUCUGCGAGCCAAGUACACGUCAUAGGACCUGACGACUUCAUUGUUUCUGUUGUGAGCUCCCUGAACCGUCCCUUUGGCAGUGGGAUCAUGACGGCCUCUGGGGUUCUUCUGAACAGUCAGAUGUUGGACUUCUCCUGGUCAAACAAAACACAGGACAAUUCCACAGUGAACCUUGGGAAUAGUAUUCAAGCGGGCAAAAGGCCUUUGUCUUUUUUGUUACCCACCAUUGUACGGCCAUUACAAGGUAUGUGUGGAACAUACCUCUCCCUGGGAGCCUCCCUUGGAACCAAAUCUCUGAGUAGCCUCACUGAGGUCUUGUUGAACAUUUUCUCGUUUCGCAAAUAUCUGAAUGAAAGCCUUGCUCUUGGCCGUCUCUAUCCCCAGCUUCAGCCGAACGUUUUACUGGUUGACAAUGAAUUCCCAGAGGAGGAUGUGGAAUUCCUUACGGAACGGAGUCACACGGUGGUGAGAGAAGAGAUUCAUUCCCUGGUCCAUGUGGCCAAGAGGAUAAAUGACUUCAUCACCGGCGCCAAAGACCCCAGAAGCAGUGACGCAGCUGCGUCUGUCAUUUUGUAGCCAGAAGUUUUUUUUUCCCAGUAAUUGUUUCAUUUUCUUUUUCUUUUCUCCUUUGGUUCACUGUGAAGUCGCAAAAUGGAAGACGGAGGUUAAAUGCAGAAUGUGCCGGUCAAACUAGGGCACGGUGGAAGAGAAGCAGCGAGCUAUGCAAGGGCUCCUGCUCCCCGAGUCUGGUUAUCAUUGAUGUUUUUAACUGAAAGCAGCCUGACUCCUGCUGCUUGUCUAUGGUUUUUGUGACUUUGGAGCCUUGGAGGCAGAUAAAAUGCGCACUGUAAAUCACCUUGGACCAAAGCAUGUUGCAGAUUUACUCUGUGAUCCUCCCCCUGCUUCCCCUCCUGCUCCUCAUUUUAUUUCCCUAGUCAUAGGGUCCCAAAGUUUCCCAAACUAAUAGGACUUUAUGUCAUUGAUGAGUUGCGAAACCAGCAACAUUUUGGACACAUCCAGUUCCAAGACACAGAUCUCUGUUCACUUUGCGUCAGCUAGGGUUUGGUCGCAUAGUGGUUAUGUUACUGGAUCGGUGAUCUAGGGACCCGAAUUCAAAUCCCACUACAGUAGCUGGGGAAUUUCAAUUGAGUUAAUUAAGUAAGUUUGCAAUAGAAAGAACAUGGGUAAUACAGGACUGUGAAUCCAUUUAUCUAUAAUGGGUAAUACUGGACUGUUGUAAAAGCCCAUCUGGUUCUCUGAUGUUGUUAAGGAAAGGAAAUCUGUCAUUCUUACCCAGUCUGGCUUAUAUAUGACUCCAGACCAACAGCAAUGUGGUUGACUCUAAAUUGCCACUCAGUUAUAUCAAAACUGCAGUGUCAACUUACAAUAACUCCCUACUUCCCAGCAAUAUGGGAAUACCUUUACUGCACACACUGCUGCAGUUUAAGAAGGUGGCUCACCACCACCUUCUCAAGGUCAAUGAGGUG